GCAUGCACGCGAGUCACAAAUAUCAAACUGAACUGAACCGGAGAACGGCACAGCCAGGCCGUCUCCUAUAUAAGAGCCCCUCCUGGCCGUCAUCUUCUGCACAUCAACACCAAGGCAAGCACCAAGUCUACUCCUCCGCAGCUAGCUCUAGCUUUAGCUUCUUCCAUCUCCUACAUACAGAUCCAUUCCGUGGAUCGAUCUCUCCAACGAUGCCUCGGCUGCUCCUCUUGUGCCUGGUGUCUAGCCAUUUCGCGGUGACCGCCGUCAUGGCGCGGCAGUUCCCCGUCUUCCUCGUCGACGGCGGCGCCAUGGCAGCAGACGCUCCGUCUGCUUCUGCUUCCGACGCUUCGCGUCUGCAUAGGCACUCCCUUUUGGAGUCCAGGUUCGCAGGGUCGCCGAUGGGCUCGUCUGACCACGGACUACGGCACGGCCCCUUCGACAGGCACUUCGCCGGGGGCAAGAUCAUACUCGGCGGCCUCGCGGUGGCGAUCAUCGCCGCGGUCUUCUGCUACAUCCGCAUCACCAGGGCCAAGAAGAUCGUCGAGCCAAAAACUUAGACUUCUUUCUCUUCCCUGGUUAAUAUCAUACCUUGAACACUUCUUUUUCGUCUUUCUUUGUAGCGAGGACAUGACAUGGGGGAAAAAACAAAUGUAACCCACGUAGAUUUGUUGUAACAUGCAAAGAACAGUUAAUUACUGGCGAUGACUGAUGACACAGCGUGAUUCGUCUCCUUUCUUGCAGGUCCAGUGUGCUGUAUAGGCCUUGCUUUAAAUCCUUUUUCAUACCCUGAUGUCUGGAAUCAUGGUGUGCUUGAAUUAAAUGCAUGAGUGAAUGAUGCAUGUCAAGUUAUUAUCAUUGCAUGGUUAAGUAGUAGUAGUACUCUUUGGGUUGAGUACUUUAUAAAGGGCCUAUAGUUGGACGGUGAUGAGUUGCCGUCCUAGUAGAACCUAAAAGAUAUGUUGCUUCUGAUCUAGAAGUUAAUGCAGGCAUGUGAUCUUUUUAUCAGUUGCCCCUGAAAAAUUAGCUAUCUAUUAGAAAACCCUAAACUUCAGCUAAACCCGGUUUAAAUAUUAAUACUAGUAAUUUGAACUCCGUUUAUCAGAAGCAUUUGGAGUAUUUGUCUAAGAAACUAGCAAAUCAGAUUUGUGUCUGCUAUUAUCUAACUUUGCUCCAUUAUAGGCAGAUAGCACCACUUAAUUAUCAGUAAAAGAAAAGAGGGCGCUCUUCUAAGAAACUAAAUGUCUCUAAACAUAAAGUUGGUUCAUCAUGAGAGGCAUGUUCUGGAAUAGCAGAGGUCUUGGUGACUUGGCUAAACACAAACACAUUGCCGAUUGUGUAAAGGAUCAUUUGUUGGAC